AUGAACUUCUCCUCAUUUAGCAACACAAAAGAAGCAGAUGAAAAAGUCACACAGCGAAUAAUGGUAGAUAACAUCAACUGGGUUUUCGUAAACUCGAGUGUUAAACAACAUCAGGCUAUUCAUGUAAAUGUUGCAGGCAGGUAUGGGCUAACCUCUGUUGGAAAAAGCAUCGGUGUUAUGCGAAGAAUGCCUCCACCUGCUACUCUUCCUUCUUUGAAGUCCGAAAAUAACGGUCAGGACCAAAACGUUGUCGUAAUAAUGCAAGGAGGUGCCGGAUGGAACAAAAAUGAAACGUCGACGGAUCCUUCUGAAGUGAUAAAGCCACAUUCCUCAUGCCCAACUACUGCUCUCGACUUGCGUCCUACCUGGGCAAAACAGUCACCAAGUUCAACGAAUAACGGGAACAGUGGCAAAGGAGAGUUCCCAACGUUGUCUACCUCUUCUCAAGGAAUCAGUAAUACACAAAAACUUCAAAGUAUGUUUUCUGAUUUUACGAAUGUAAGCACUCACCAACAAAUAGCAUACUUUUUAGAUUGUUUUGCUCUGAUACAUCAGUGUCUUAGCCUCGUCCUGCUUACUCCAAUCACUCCUAUUACGCUUGUCUCGUCGCAGAUUUCAGAGUACAGCGAUAAGCGCGGAGGCUGCUGGCCACCCGUGGACAACGCUGCACAGCCCGCCUUAGCGUUCACGUCGCCGCUGAUGUCCUUUGCGUUGCGGCAUUUCGUGCUAAAUUUUGAAGGGCUUGGGAUUUGGGGGUACGGGAAUAAAUUUUCGAUCGCACCUAAUCAAGCUCUCCUCGCACCUAGGCGCGAAGUGACCUUAAUUAGGUGCGAAGACUCCGCAGUAAUUACGCUGCCCGCACUCGCUACUAAUCGAGUUGAAACUUGUCAUUUAAGGAUGAUAAUGACAGUUUUAAAAAAUAGAGAUUCUAUUAAAAAUAUUCCUUUUCAAAAAAAAGUUCCAAUAUCAAUUUCAACGGUUUUGGGAGUUUUAUUUACACGCAUAAUAAAUGAAUCCAAUACAUUUUGUGGAUAA